AUGUUAAUGUUGAUCCGAGAGUCUUAUGGCAAUGAAGUUGAGUCCGAAGUGCUGUUCGUUGAGACACCCGAUAGACAGACAACCCGUUUGACAAUUGUUGACAAACAGAGCCAUCAAUGGAUUACAUGGACUUCAAUCAAGAUUUUCUUUGCGUCUGUGUUUCUUCCGGCGGGUUUUCCGGACUCAGUGUCUAUCGAUUACAUUGAAUACCAGAUAUGGGAUAGUAUUCAAGCGUUUGCCUCCAGUAUAAUGAAUAAUUUGGGAACUCAUGCCGUACUUAAAGGCGUUGGCGAUUCUAGUGCUACAGUUUUGGCCGCGACUAUCACUUGGCUCUUAAGAGACGGCACAUCAAUGAGUGGAAGAAUACUCUUCGCAUACAUUCAAAGCUCUAAACUGGACUCCGAUUGCAAGAAAUGGAGACUUUUUGCGGAUCUAAUUAACGACUUAUCCAUUUUAAUUGACUUACUUUCGCCAUAUUUUUCGCAAUACUUUUUAUACAUGCAAUGCUUUUCUGGUGUUUUGAAGUCUUUGGUGGGAACAGCCGGUGGGGCCACUCGUGCGGCACUCACUCAACACCAAUCGCGACGAAACAAUUUGGCGGACGUCUCGGCCAAAGACGGCAGCCAAGAGACGCUCGUAAACCUGACGGCACUUAUAUGUAGUCUUAUUAUAGUUCCCGUCGUUUCUACGAAUACAAAAGCCGUAAAGUCUGUCUCAUUGGAAACAUUCAAUUUGAAUCGUUUCGCCAGAUUUGUUGUUCAUUAUCUCGAAACAAAUGGAUCAGUACUGCCGGUGAAGACCAUUAAUAGACGUGAAAAUGUGUGGUUUUUUGCAAAAGACGAGUUUGAUGUCUACACCGAUAACAUUGCAAUCGGUGUUUCACUUCAAACUCAUUUAUCAAAUGCCAAACAAUUGAAUGAAUUACUCGUUUUGUACGCUAAUAAGGAAACCGAUUGUCAGUAUAUCCUAACGUAUGACAAGCAAAACAAAUUCCCUAUCAAUAUAUCACUGCCGAAGAAUUUUGAUUCCAAGAAUCUCUUAGAUUCUGUAUUCCAAGCAAUUGUGAUAUUGUUUGCACACAACAUGAGUGAAACCAGUGAUCAAACUCUUCAACUAAUCUCUAAUGAAAUGAAAAACGAUUCGAAAAACACCAAACGUUUACUUGAAUUAAGUCGAAAAUAUACCAUCGAUUCGAUGAGUGAAUUGAGUGUCAAAGCAACUGCCGAGGGCUGGGAUAUGAGUAAAGUGUUGAUUACACCAAAUGAAUGGCGAUUUGAGACACAAUAA